AUGUCUUCUGUUUCAUCUAAAGAAGAUACAAUGUCAUCUGAAAAAGCAGAUGAGAAACAACCUGAAACUGAAAACAAAGCUGAGGAAAGUGAUGAAGAUGAAGAAGAAGAAGAGGAGGAGGAAGAAAAAGAAAAGAGUCUAAUUGUUGAGGGAAAAAGGGAGAAGAAGAAGGUAGACCGACUGACCAUGCAAGUGUCCUCAUUGCAAAAGGAACCUUUUACGAUUACACCAGGAAAAGGACAAAAACUCUGUGAAAUUGAAAGGAUACAGUUCUUUCUGAGUAAAAAGAAGACAGACGAACUUAGGAACCUGCACAAACUCCUCUACAACAGGCCAGGCACUGUUGCCUCCCUAAAGAAGAAUGUGGGUCAGUUCAGUGGGUUCCCAUUUGAAAAAGGAAGUGACCAGUACAAAAAGAAGGAAGAAAUGUUAAAAAAGUUUAGAAAUGCAAUGUUGAAAAGUAUCUGUGAAGUUCUUGACUUGGAAAGAUCUGGAGUUAAUAGUGAGCUCGUAACCAGAAUCUUGAACUUCUUAAUGCACCCAAAAUCUUCAGGCAAGCCAUUGCCAAAGUCCAAAAAAACGCCAAGCAAAGGUGGCAAAAAAGAACGCAGUAGCGCCGGAACAACAAGAAAAGCAAAACGCACCAAGUGCCCAGAGAUCUUGUCAGAUGAAUCCAGUAGUGAAGAAGACAAAAAGAAGGAAAAGGAUGACUCUUCAGAAGAAAAGGAAAGUGAAGAUGAGCCUCCUAGAAAAGCAUCUAAAAGAGAAAAAUCUAAAAAGGUUACCUCCAAAGCGAAGAAACCUGUGAAGGGUACAAAUGUUAAGAAGGCAGAUAGCAGCACUACUAAAAAAAAUCAGAACAGUUCUAGAAAAGAAAGUGAGUCUGAGGAUAGUUCAGAUGAUGAACCUUUAAUUAAAAAGCUGAAGAAACCACCCACAGAUGAAGAACUGAAGGAAACUGUCAAGAACUUGUUGGCCAAUGCAAACUUGGAGGAGGUCACAAUGAAACAAAUUUGCAAGGAGGUGUAUGAAAACUAUCCUAGUUAUGAUUUAUCUGACAGGAAAGACUUCAUUAAAAAAACAGUCAAAGAGUUGAUUUCAUGAUCUGAUUUGACUGUGGGAAAUGAAGAUUCCUGGUUUUAUAUUCCCAUGGAUUUGAAGAUCUGAUAGGCACCAGCAAAAGGAAUUAAUUUGUCUUACCCUUGUGGUAUUUAGCCAGAGCUGAUUCUGCUGAUCUAAUGUUAAGAGUGUUGAUGUAAAUUGCUUUGUGUAAUUUUUUUUUUUUUUUCAGAAACAGAUCUGCAUUUGAUGCAGUUUUUAGUUGAACAUAAACUUAAGUUUCGAGCAUGGCAAUAAAUGUUCCCUUUUUUAUAGUUUUUGUACAUUUUUAAUUGCUUUGUAUAACUAGAUUCAGUAGAACCAUCGUAGCUUUUUAGUGUGGAUUACUAGCUUGCAGGAGAUUUUAAAAUCAAGUAAGAUGAAAGUUGCUUAUCUGCACAUAUACAUGCAGAGACUGGAAUAUUGCAGUAUUGAUUAUAAAGAUAUUUUGAAUACAUAUCCGUUCUGAAAAUAACAAGAGUUA